AUGGCCAUGGCAGACCUCGAGCUCGGCAAGAAAGGCAACCCGAACGUCACCAUCACCUCCAUCGACUCACCCACACGCCCUGUCCUCGGCCGACGCAAGACGAGUACUGGUAUCGACGGCGAGAUUAUCCCUGAUGUCAAGCUGGGCUACGAUGGCGAGGAGGACGCCCUGACUAAAGUCGGCAACUUCUUGUGGAAGAUACACAACGCAUCCAUCCUCACACGAUAUGCUCUUUACAUCCUGCCUGUCGCAGCGCUACUCGCUAUCCCCCUUGUCUUGACUGCUACUGUCUACUCAGGGAGUGCGGCAGGUGGGAUCAGACUGCUAGGCCUGUUCAUAUGGUUCGAAGUCAUUUGGGUUGGACUAUGGAUAUGCAAGCUCGUGGCUACCAUUGUACCCAUCGUCUUCCAAGCAGUCUGCGGCGUGGUCAGUACUGGGAUCAGGAAAUACUCACUAGUACUGCAGGCGCUUGAGAUCCCCAUGUCUCUAUUCUUCUGGUCGAUUCUAGCCUGGGCCACCUCGAAUAUCAUCAAUGUCUUCAACCCCAACGUAUACAACAAUACAUGGCUGCAGACACUCAACACGGUGUUCAAAGCGCUUAUCAUUGUUGCUGCCAUCUUCCUGGCCGAGAAGACGUUCGUACAGCUCGUCAGCAUCAAUUACCACCGCAAACAAUACGAUGCCAAAAUUAAAGAGAGCAAGCAAUUGAUUCGAAUGCUGGAUCUCCUAUACGAUGCGUCGCGCGCCAUCUUCCCAGAGUACUGCAGGGAGUUUCAAGAGGAAGAUGCCGAAAUACAGGGAAACACCCUUACCGAUGUGAGGAAGCAACUGGCUCAAGCCGGGAUCAAAACCAAGGUUUUCAAUGACAUGGGCAGGGUCAGGGACAAGGUGACGGCUGCUUUCGGCGCUAUGGCCAGCGACAUUACGGGGAAGCAGGUCUUUGGUGCUACAUCAGCUCACUCGAUCGUCAUUGAAGCUCUCGAGACCGAGACACAAUCCAAGGCUCUAGCACGCCGUCUAUGGCUAUCAUUUGUCGGCGAGGGCAAGGAUGUACUUUACAAGCACGAUCUGGAGCAAGUCCUCGGCCGGAGCCGUUCAGAAAUGGUAGAAGAAGUCUUCCAUAUCCUCGACCGCGAUGGCAAUGGCGAUGUUAGCUUGGAAGAGAUGACAUGGCUUAUCAUCGAUGUCGGCACGGAGAGGAAAAGUCGGGCAGCGAGCAUGCACGAUAUAAGUCAAGCCAUCGCUGUCCUCGAUCGCCUUCUCAGCCUCGUUGUACUGUUCGCCAUCGCCUUCAUCUACGCCAGCUUCUUCAGUAAGACUUUCCAGGCCAAGACGACUCAACUCUGGACGACCUUCACCGGUCUGGCUUUCGCUAUUGGUGGAACAGUAACCGAAUUCCUCGCUUGCUGUAUUUUCCUCUUCAUCAAGCACCCGUACGACGUCGGCGACCGUGUCGACAUCAACGAAGUCGAACUCAUCGUUGAACACAUGAGUCUCAUGUACUCCGUCUUCCGCCGUGUCGACAGUGGCAAGACUGUGCAGAUUCCACACAACGUCGCCAACGCUCUGUGGAUCGAGAACGUCACUCGAAGCAGGAGCAUGAAGGAGCGCAUCAGCUUGUGCGUCAGUCCUACGACUAGUAUGGAGGAUGUCCUCGCUCUACGUGCCGAGCUGGAGAAGUUCGUGACUGCACCGGAGAACAAGAGGGACUUCCAGCCGGAGCUUGAUAUUGAGCUCAGGAACCUCAACGAUCUUGGCAAGCUCGAAUUGAGGGUCGAGAUUAGGCACAAGUCAAACUUCGCAAACGACCAACUCCGCAACGCGCGCCGCAACAAAUUCAUGGUCGAGCUUCUAGCUGUGACUCGACGCAUCCCAAUCGACCCACCAGGUGGUGGUGGACCAGCAUUCGGAGACCCUGCCAACCCAACAUACAGCGUCUCGAUUACUGACACUGACGCGACCGGCUUCAGGGAUGAGCGGAAGGCCAAGGAUGAAGGCAAGAGGCUCUUUGCCAAGGGCACAGGGCUCGAGCACUUGUUGCCUGAAGGAGUGAGCACGGGUCUGCAGAAUCCAGCGGCUGCUAUGAUUGCGGGCCUGACUGGCCGCCGCAAUGGAAGCACGGCUGAGGGGAGACGGAGCAUCGAUGAUAUAUUACCGAAACGGGCAUGA